UCAAACGUGGCGGCUACGAACGAGCAAAGCUGUUGAGAUCGAGAGAAAAAGAGAAAGAGGAGUGGUCGUGUGUGUGUGUCGCGGAACUGUCAAAUAGCCCCGAGAAUAAUUCUCAUUAUUUGAUGUAUAUUAACACAAUAACAAUACUUACACUCUACAAUUAAUAACUUAUUUAUUUAAAUAUUGUUUUAUCAAUAACAACACAUUAUUUAUCGUAGAGCAAUAAUAAUAAUAACAAUUAAACAAUGUCGUCGUCGGGUGAUUUUGGUAACCCGUUGCGGAAAUUCAAGCUUGUGUUUCUUGGUGAACAAAGUGUUGGAAAAACUUCACUUAUAACACGGUUCAUGUAUGACAGUUUUGACAAUACUUAUCAGGCUACGAUAGGAAUAGACUUCUUGAGUAAAACGAUGUACUUGGAGGACAGAACAGUUAGACUGCAAUUAUGGGACACCGCGGGUCAGGAAAGAUUCCGUUCGCUGAUCCCAAGUUACAUUAGGGAUUCAACGGUUGCGGUUGUAGUUUAUGAUAUCACCAACGCGAAUUCAUUUCAUCAAACAUCCAAGUGGAUUGAUGACGUGCGGACAGAGCGGGGCAGUGAUGUUAUUAUCAUGCUUGUUGGCAACAAGACGGAUUUAAGUGACAAACGGCAAGUUUCUACUGAAGAUGGUGAACGUAAAGCUAAGGAAUUAAAUGUUAUGUUCAUCGAAACUAGUGCUAAGGCAGGAUAUAAUGUUAAGCAGUUAUUUAGAAGAGUUGCCGCCGCUCUACCUGGCAUGGAUUCCACUGAGAAUAAACCUCCAGAAGACACUGUUGAUUUGCAGAAUCAAUCGACAAUGCAGAAUGGAGCGGAGGGCGAAGGAGAAGGUGGAUGUAUUUGCUAGGAAGAAUUACUUCAAUUAAAGCGUUAUAUAUUAAUACGCAUUUUUAUAUUUUUUUCCAAAUUUAUCUAGCCCGCAAUUGUGUAUGUCAAUU